GAAGUUUUCAGCUAGUGUUCGGCCACUUCCGUUCUCCAACUUCCUUUCAUACGAAAGUUUGUCGUCUUGAUACGUCCUUAAACUCGUAAGAGAAAUCCUUGGCUCACUGUCAAGAUGGUCAGGGAGGAUAAGACGACCUGGAAGAGCAACUACUUCCUGCGACUGGUGCAGCUGCUCGACGAGUACCCCAAGUGCUUCAUCGUGGGUGUAGACAAUGUCGGCUCGAAGCAGAUGCAGACGAUCCGUGUUUCGCUCCGCAAGCACGCCGUCCUGCUCAUGGGCAAGAACACCAUGAUCCGCAAGGCCAUCCGCGGACACCUGGACAACAACCCGGCCCUGGAGAAGCUGUUGCCGCACAUCAAGGGCAACGUCGGUUUCGUCUUCACCAAGGAAGACCUGACUGAGGUGCGCGAGAAAAUCAUCGACAACAAGGUGAAGGCGCCUGCCCGUGCUGGUGCCCUCGCCCCCCUGGAUGUCAUGAUCCCGGCUCAGAACACUGGCCUCGGCCCCGAGAAGACCUCUUUCUUCCAGGCCCUGCAGAUUCCCACCAAGAUCUCAAAGGGUACUAUUGAAAUUCUCAAUGAGAUCCAUUUGAUCAAGAAGGAUGACCGUGUCGGUGCUUCCGAGGCUACGCUUCUAAACAUGUUGAACAUCUCGCCCUUCUCAUAUGGUCUGAAGAUCCUGCAGGUAUGCAUCUGUGUAGCGUUUUCGUCGCAUUUCACCGUAUCUAUUUUUGAUACUGCAUUAAGCUAUUUGCUGCUGUGCAGUUGGUAUCUAAAUAGUAUUAAAGUAAACUGUAUCUAAAAACUGUUUACAUUCAAGGAGGCUGAAAUGGCCAAGGAGUACCUCAAGGACCCGUCGAAGUUCGCUGCAGCAGCAGCUCCAGCCGCAGGGGGUGGGGCAGCUGCAGCCAAGCCGGAGGAGUCGAAGAAGGAAGAAGCCAAGAAGGAGGAAUCCGAAGAGGAGGACGACGAUAUGGGCUUCGGACUCUUCGACUAAGCUUCCAUGUGGCUGGCUGCCCACUGCCGCAGCAAUGCUGCAGUGGCUUUUACCGCCCAAUAAAGUUGCUCAAAAAAA